GAGUUACAUAGUUGUCGUCUGUUGGUGGUUGAUCUGCGCUAGAAGCUGCAGUGUAGAACCAACAUCCAUAUCUAGCGUCGUCCCUAUUGGGAAUAAAGCCAACAUUGAACAGGCAGCCCUGGCUGGAUGUUGGGCGAAGUUGCGUCACAAGGUGAAGAGGGUUUUGAUAACAAAGAAAGGCUGUUGUUGAAACAAGCGCACGUACCCCCACAGUGCCAAGAUACGUUACACCUAUUCGCGACUCGCACUGUGCCAGCUAUUGGUCAUUGUAAGCGCCGGCUCUCAGUGUUACACCUAUGACGUUGAUUUGAAGAAUUCCACGAGAAACAGCAUCCUUCGCCUCCUGGGACAUCACCAACAGCAACAGAUACCCUUCUUCAGACGACACGUCUUCCCCUUUGUUCAGAGAAGUGCCAGACGCCGUGCAUCUACUCCACCAGGUCGCACGUGGGAUUCGACGUCAAUUACACUCACAUUACGACACCCACAAUUUGAGGCAUCAGGGUUCAACGGCCACCACCACCACCACCGUGCCGCACAGUCUUUAAGCUUUGGGCUUGGCUUGGGCUUAUGCCAAUGUCUUCCCUCGUCUGCAGGUCCCCAUCGGUCAUCUCGACAUCUUUGCUCACCCUCCCCUUGCUCAGACUAGCCGCGCCUGCCCGGUUAGUCCAGCCGUGCGCCCAAAGACAACCACAACCACAACAAGCACGGCAAGCCUCUGGCCCUGUCGCCGUUAGGCGCUUCUCCGCGUCUCUUACCCUUAGCCGCAAGGUUGCGCCCACGGAGGCUGCCCAUAUCAAUGAGGUUCGGAAGACGAUAGCCGAUGAGUUCGCCCUCAUCAAAGAUGCUUACCAGUCACCCAAACACCCGGUAGUCCUAGCACAUGGGCUGCUAGGGUUUGCUGAAUUAAAACUCGCAGGGUCCUACUUGCCAAGCAUUCAUUACUGGAGAGGGAUACAGGAGGCCCUAACGGCCCAAGGGGCUGAGGUUAUCACCGCCUCCGUCCCUCCCAGCGGCUCUAUCGAGAAGCGCGCCGCCAAGCUGGCUCAGGAUAUCGAGGCUCAGGCACAGGGCAAGAGUGUGAAUGUGGUGGCGCACAGCAUGGGAGGACUUGAUGCCCGCUACAUGAUCUCGCAGCUCCGGCCAAAAGGGGUCGACGUCAAGUCUCUUGUCACAAUCGGCACACCUCAUCACGGGAGUGCCUUUGCUGAUUACUUGAUUGACGAACUUGGGCCCGACUACCUGCCUCAGGUUUACAAAGCCUGGGAGCGCGUUACCGGUUGGGAGCCAAGUGCUUUUUCCCAGCUGACGCAGAAGUAUAUGGCGGAGCACUUCAACCCAGCAACCUCUGAUGACCCAAACGUCCAGUACUUUUCGUACGGUGCCAUGGUGAACGGAAAGCCUCCAUUGCUGAGCAUGUUCAGGAUAUCUCACAAGCUGAUUGAGGAACGGGAAGGUCCAAACGAUGGACUUGUCAGCGUAGAAAGCAGUCAGUGGGGUACCUACAAAGGAACGCUCACAGGCGUUAACCACCUGGACCUGAUCAACUGGACCAACAGGAUUCGGUCUAAUCUUCAGAAGCUGAUGGGUCACCCACCUUCGUUCAACGCGGUGGCUUUCUAUCUUGGCAUUGGAGAUAUGCUGGCAAAGGAAGGGUUGUAAGUGCCAGAGGGCAUGAUGCAAUGACGCUUGAAUCACCAGCCUCUAGGUAUAACGAGUUGGACACGUAAUUUCGGUAAAGGCUUUGGGGCAUACAAUCACGAGCGAAUGAAGAAUCUAUAUCAUGGGCAGUCUGUAGGUGAGCACCUUAUGGUAUCCCUUGUUUACGAUAUCAUUCUAAUGAUGAAUGCAUAGAAGCGAUAUCACCACGAAUCUAAUAUCGUUCCACCAUCUCAACUUUAUUCACAGUAAAUAAGCGUGGCAAAACCGGAUGUUUGGGGCGUUUUCCUGAACCAAGACCAUUUGCCGAGGCAGUUCAUGGACAUCAAGGGAAUCACUUUAUAGGUGCCGGUUCGGAGGGUGAGCUGGUUACAAGCUUCACAUGCCUUACGACAACAGCGUUGGUUCCAGGUUUACCACGGCAACUGCUGUCAAGAAAUCAGCGUGUGUAGCAUGGCAAGUGAUUAUCCGGCUCCGUCUGCCCAAAGGCUAGCACGUGUUCGCUGUCUUUUCUGUGGGAAACUGCUGAAACGUGCAAGUGUGCGUUGGCAGAUGCUGUCUACCAUAUCGACGAGGCCGAUGAUAGUGGUCGACGAUUAUAACGGUGGGUAGGUAUGCUCUGAUGUCUCUCAAUCAUGAAACGAGACAGGCAUGUAGUAGGUCUUUUGACACUCUCGGGG